AUGUUCUCAAAGAUCGACAAGAUGACCCGGCUUUGGCUUGCUUCAGCGAUUUUGCUGUGCUUUGCGGUCACGCUUCUGAAGUCUGAAAAGUUAAACAAUCGUGAAUCAGGUACGUGAAAUAAGUAAUUUAUUAACCUUGAAACAAGUCAUUCCAUGCCAUAAACUUCACCCUAAAAUAUUCACUUUUUAGUCCAAUUAUUUCAUAAUGUCAUUGCUAUCGAGAUUUUGGCCAUUUCUCUAAGGAAUUAUUUUAAAUACAAAAAUAUAUGGAGUAUAACUAAGCAAAAAAUUGUCAACUUUCAAGGUAGUGCUACAGUAAAAAAUACAAUAAUUCAGUGACUUGCGAUGUGUCCCAGAAUAGAUCUCUAAAAAGUGGCGACCACAAAGUCCUUGACUGAAAAAAAUGCAGUCUCGUUGACGGGAAACAAUCAUGACAGAAUCCUUGAUAUUUGUUAGUUGUCCUAUCUAUCUUACAGUAGUUUGUAGUUUAAUGGCAACUGAUAAGAGCUCACACUUACCGGACUUAGGGCAGGUUAAGGGUAUGGGAAAUGUUAGCAAUCAAUAGCACUGACACCUGUUGGACGUAGAGGUCGAGAUCAAGAAGCCAGUAUCCAAAGCGACAGGAGCGUUGUUGAUUCUCCGGGUAGUGAUCGUAUAAAUUUACUGAGCGGUAUAGUGGUUUUCAGUGAUUCAUUUAUACGGGACCUUAAGUUUGGACUAGGAGUACAUUUGAGUAUGAGUAUUAUUGGUGGGUUAAUUUUAUUUCUUGAGCCGGUGAAAAACAGGAGAGAGAGAGAGAUUCUCUCGGACAAGGCAACGCAUUUAAAAAAAAAACGAAAGAAGCCCUUCAUAGUUUCCUGUCCAUGGUUGUUCAUUAACUGUUGAAUAACUUUAAUUUAUAACUAUCCAGCGGAUGUUUACCACUAAGGGCUUGUUUACAUGGAGGUGUGGGACCCCUGGUAGGUCAGGUCACCCGCUUAGGUGGGGUAAGCGGGCCCUAAGAAGAGAUUAAUCUGGCAAAUACUAAUAUUCACCCUCUUGAACAAAUGAGGCUUACAAGUACCUAAAGCCAAAAAUAAAUAACACGGUCGUAUGAAAGUGUAUCUGGUGGAUAGCAUUUACUUAAAUGGUCACUGUAUUUUGUCGUUAAUGUAUCCUGAUCUUUGCGUCCAAUUCGUCUAAUUCACACAAUAUUUUGUUCAGUUUCUUUUCAAAACACAUCGCAACAAAUCGUGUCACAUGAUUUACACCACAAGGCCAAGUAUCUAGGGUAGAAACUGUUUGAAUUGCAGUAAAUCCUCUAUUAAGCCCAGCCCCCCCCCUCUUUCAAAUAAGUCCCCCAUUUUCAGGGGACGAAUUGAAAGUUAAUAAGCCCUCCUCUUUUAGCUGAGAUUAUAAUACGUUACCACAUGAAGCAGCUUGUACGAUUACCAAUUAAAAGAAGUUACGUUUAAAUUUUUCUAACUGCGAUUGCAAGGCAAUACAUAAAAGGGGAGAAAAGACAAUCAGGUAAAGAACAAAUCUGGUAUAAAUAAUGCACCUAUCAAUGUAGACCCCGUGGGGGGGGGGGGGGGGCCCGGGCAAGGGGUGGGGUUUUAAAAAAUUUUAAAUUUUUUGGAUCAAUUUCCCGAGGGGGGGAAACGAAAGCUGAAUAAAAAGGGACAAAAACCCCCCAAGACAGAAAAUACACAAUUAGAACCUCAAUACACAUAGCUAACUCGAUUGCAUUCCUGCGUUUCUAAAAAAAAAAUAGAACGACUCAGCAUUAGUGCUCUGUGGCUACUUUCUUUUGUUUUUAAUGCGAAGGCCGUCUCAAGAGUUCUAUCUUUUACCCUGCUCCGUGUUUUUACGGCCCGGAAAGGACAGGGUUUUAAUUAUCGCCUGCUAAGGUGAGCCCCGGGGGGGGGGGGGGGGAGUGCGGGCAAGGGGUGGGGAUUUGACAAAUUUUAAAAUUUUUUGAUCAAAUUCCCCAGGGUGGGAAACGAAAGGUCAAUCAAAAGGGUCAAAAAGCCCCCACCCCAGGGGAAAAAAUCUAAACAAACAAUACUAAGAUACUGUAUAAAACGAAUUAAAAGAACAUUUCAAAAGUACGUCCUUACUAAACGUAAGCUCCGUUAAAUUACUCGCUGUAAUUAAGUAUUUUCUCUUUCCACUAGCAUCUCUUAUUUUGAACAACAAAAUCACUCUAGGAAGAUUGACCGUGCUAUUAUAAUAUUAAGUAAUGAUCCGGGUAAGGUGGAUAGCAAUUUCUUUUGGUUAUGCGGCAACGGUCCUUUCCCCACAUAGGAAUGUUCUCAUUUUUACACAGAGAAUGCAUAAACCUACAUGAAGGCCGUUUACGCAAUAAAAUGCAAUUACACUCCACUUUGAAAAAGUGUUUUUUUGUGUUAAACGAUUUUGACCAAUCACAAGAGUUGAAAACAAUAGCCAAGAAAUAUUUACAAUUUUACAUGUUCCCCCCAUAGAAUUUCUUUGUUAUUCAAACUGAGAGCAGAUUUUGUUAUAUGGAAGAUGGUUGGAAAGUAAGGAGGAAUAUAUGCACGGCUUUAUGAAGUUUUGUUAACUUUUGCAGUUUAAGCCAAUCAGAAGUAAGUACAGACAAUAGAAAAGUUAGCACCUUUUUUGCAUUCCAACAUGUUUGUUGCCAUUCUUGCUAUCGUCCUUAUCUGGACCGUUUCUUAAUGAAACGUAAAAUGCUUUAUAACAUCUGCACAACAUGUCGGAACAGGUCGGAUCAGUGACCCGUAAAAAAUCCUCUGACUUUCAUGGUGGAAUUCGAUUUCAAUCAAGUUUUACAAUCAGAUGGGAACUUGAAGAUAAAAACUUUCACAAAAUAGACAUUAUCUGUUUAGAUGACAGUUUAAAGUAUCGGAUUAUGGCGAUUAAAACAAAUGGAAAUUUCACACCUUUCUCCAACAGCGUGACUUUCAGAAAGCUAAAUUGAUACCGGGCCUCUGUCGGUCAAAGUCAAAAGUCCCGACCCCGGGGUCGCUUCGCACGAUCGAAAGCCCGAAAGGGGGAUAGUCUCAGGCAUCAAAUCCCCGCCCCUUGCCCGCACUCCCCCCCACCCCCUCCCCUGCCACGGGAUUUAUAUUGAUAAGUGCAUAACAAUCACCAAAAUUAUAAUAAAAAACAGCACUGAAAUUAACUCUGGAAGUUUUAUUUAAUUGACAUCAUCUUGAAAAUGGUCUGUUGAAAACCACUUAAGGUGGCUGGACUGGAUUUUUUGGGGAGUAUACCUCCCCACUUUGAGUGUUUUUUACGUCAGUAUUAACAAAGAUAGCGCAAAAACGUUACCACAGCUGCACUAUAUAAAGACGAAAAUUUGUUAUAAUCCAUGUUUUAUUGACAUCAUAGUUACUAUGGCAACAUAAUGACGCCAUUACGUUUUUCACUUGCAUUUGUAUUUCUCAGUACUAGGAGUUUUUUUUUUUCAGAAAUCGCUUGUACCUCCCUUAGUUGCCUCGGUUGUGGCAAAAAUUGAACAAAUUCUAUGAUAGCGUUUUGGAAAUUAAAAACAACUGUAAGCAGAUACAGCUGGUCAGCACAGGAAAUCGUAAGCUAAGAAGUUAAACGUGAAGUUGCUUACCUGGUGACUGCUUAAAAGGGUCAUGUUGCCAUGGUAAGAAAAUUUCUAGUUCUCAACAAACAGUAUUCCGGCAUUUAUGGCAGAAAAAAAACGAAAAACUUUACGUCUAUUGCUCGACAAUGCAUUUGGCCGCCUCUGUCAAGAAAUAUUAUUGAGAAUCAGAAAUUUGCUUCCAUGGUAACGUCACAUUUCUCCUCUCUAUUGGGCAUCUAUUAACAAAGUGGCACUUUUAAAUUUGUAAGCGCUAUUUCAUUUACUUAGGAAAGUUCAGCAGGAGUGCGCCAGUUCUGCAGCAAAUUUCUCGAGUGGAGGAUGCAAGAAGCCACAUCGCAAAACCAGAAAAGGAGGAAGACGGAACUAAAGACGUCAAGAGUGAUGACAAAAAGAUGGAACAAAAAGCCAUCAAAGAUGAUAAAUCUGAUUCUCAAAAGGAUGAAAAGAAACAGAGCCGUAAGGAACAAGAAAUAAUAAAAAAGAUCGAAAAAAGUGCCAACGAAGACGACAAAUCUAAUAACCAAAAGAAUGAAAAGAAGCAGGACAAUGAAAAGAAACAGAGCCGUAAAGAGCAAGAAAUAAUAAAAAAGAUAGAGGAUGAUGUGAAACAAAUAACAGAAGAUAAAACGAAGAAAGAAGAUGAGAAAAAGCAAGGAGAUGAAAAGAAGAUUGAGGACGCUAUAAGAAAGGAAGACGAAAAGCAGAAAGAAAAGCCUAAGGGUGAUGAUACAUAGUGAAUAACAAUGACGUAGUCAAUGACACAUUUAAUUAGCCAGUAAGCACAGUCAGUCGGCUAUCGCAGGGGCGGAUCCAGGAAUUUUUUUUUUAAAGGGGGGGGGGUGGAGGUCUGCACUUUGGUUUAGAGGGACUGUUGAACUUUUUUGUGACAAAAUAACUUCUCACAGAGACCACCACGAGUUUCUCAAUUCGUGAACGCCGGUCGCCGCCGCCGUUGGUCCAGAGCCCCGGACCCUCUCCCUGGAUCCGCCACUGAAUCCAGUUAUCCAUUCAUUCAUUCAUUCAUUCAUUCAUUCAUUCAUUCAUUCAUUCAUUCAUUCAUUCAUUCAUUCAUUCAUUUAUUCAUUCAUUCAUCUAUUCAUUCCUUCAUUCAAUUAAAUCUUUAAGUCCCAAGAGUGACAUUCAUUCAUUCAUUCAUUCAUUCAUUCAUUCAUUCAUUCAUUCAUUCAUUCAUUCAUUCAUUCAUUCAUUUAUUCAUUCAUUCAUCUAUUCAUUCCUUCAUUCAAUUAAAUCUUUAAGUCCCAAGAGUGACCAACAACGAUUUUCUCCUAAAGAUAUAAAUGCAUAACGAAGAAUUAAAAAGGUUAUGAGGAUUACUAGGAUGGUCAGCUAAAGGAAAAUCCUUUGAUCUUUUAUAGAAUUCUCUGUAUUAAUUCUUCAAGGAAAUGUAUGAAGAUAAGUCUGGAGAAUUUGUGUGCGUUAUUAAUUAUCAGUCAGUAACUGCCAGCAAGUUAAUUGUAGCAGUCAGUCAUGAACCCACUCAAUCAUAUGAGCUGAUAAGGUUGUUUUAAUGCCAGCUAGUGAUAGAUCCUCCAGAACGAUAAAUUUCACUAACACUAAAAUCUGGGUCCAGAUGCUCGAAGGCCGAUUAGCGCUAGACUGAGGUUCAAUUUGAAUCCGGCCUUUUUUAUUAUUAUUAUUCAAAAGCAUUUUCUGAUCUCGGAUAAUUUUUCUCAAUUCUUUUAAGGUCUUCCAAUCAUAAUAUUGUAGACAAAAAUAAUUAAACCCGUGGCCUGGUCAGGGUUAGCUGAUUGUUUUCUUAUGUUCUUUCAGCGGAUCCACCACAGAAAAAUACUCGCAAGAUUCAUAAAGACGCAUCCAAACUGAACCUUAAAACACACCAAGACAAGCCAGCGCCUGCUCCGGCUAGACGCCCUGCUCAGGUCCAGAGACCCGCUGUCGCACCUCGUCCCGCGUAUCCAGGGUACCAGCAUGCUCAGAGGUACCAGCCGUAUUAUCAGCACCCGCACAACACCGCCCAAGCUGGAAUGCCACCCAUGUCCCCUAUGGGCGGAGCAUGUCUACAACAAUGUUGGAAGAAGUGCACACCAAUAUGUAUCCAACACAGAUGUUGUCUGCCAGGCAUGAGUAAUCCGGGGAUGCCACUUCCUCCUCCUCCUCCCGUGUACCCACCACCACCUCCGCUUCCUCCCCCUCCCCCUCCUCCAAUGGUAUUUUAUCCCCCUCCACCACCACCCCCCAUGCCUAUUUCCUACCCUCAGAUGCAGACGUGCCAGCCAUCGUGUGCUCCAGCCUGCUGUAUGUCUCCCCCGGCCCCGGCUGUUCCUGUUCCUGCUCCUGCUCCUGCCCCACAACCUAAACCAGCACCUCCUAGGCCAGUUGCACCCCGGCCCAGUCCUGCUUGCAACCCUGCUUGCGCUCCACAGUGCUGCAUGCCUAUGUCUUAUUCAUAUCCUGCGCCUUAUCCAAUGCCAUAUCCUGCCCCUCAAGCGCCAAGUUACAUGACAAUCCCAUCCUACAGUCAGAAUUUAUGUGGCGGAUACCCUGGAUAUCCCGGAUACCCCUGCGGGACUGGAAGCCCUGCAACUACCCCCAAACCCAUUGCAACGACGCCAAAAAAAGCCUGUGCUCCAAUGUGCCUCAAGUUCUGUCUGACAGUCUGCCCUCAGGAAUGCUGCAGUGCUAACAUAACAGGGGUACAAGUAGUAGCCACUCCAACUCCCUCGUCCUGUCCUGCAAACUGUGCAAAAGUAUGCGCAACACCAUGUCCUCAGGUAAGGAUGAAUUAUUGAUACUUUAACCCAAUAUCCAAAUAGAAUAGAAUGGAAUAGAAAACUUUAUUAAUGUGUCAGAGCCGUAUAGCUUGGGAACAACCCCAUACUAAUUUGGGGACACAAAUUCUCCAGAGUGAUCUCCGUGACAUUUCCUGGGAGACGUUUUUUGAGAGAACUGAUAAAAGAUCAAGGCAUUUCCCCUUAUGUCAUCAUUCUAUUAAUCAUAACUAUAACAAAAUUCUCAAAUCUGAUUGGCUCUCAACUGCCCUGAUUUCAGCCUUAAAAGGACAGUUUGAUAGGACAGUACGCGUCAUGCCUAAGUUAUUGGACAGUACGCGCAAUCACACGCGCGCUUAAAUGGCUUUUUUUUUUCAUUGCUAGCGGAAAAAUCUUGGAAUUUCUUGUGUUUUGAUUUAAAAAGAGCCCUAAAUAUCACUGCUACGCGGUCGUCCGAUUUUGUUAAUCACUCGUAUGACUACAGACCGAACUGGACUCCACUCAGUCCUGUUACCAUUACUAAUUGACCACUCCAGAAAAUACCAUAACAUACCAUAAUGCAGGUCACGUAAAGGGUUAAACAAAUCGGUCAGUAGCAGGUGGGAAUACACGGGCAGGCCGGACCGGUCAAUCUAAAAAAUAAGAUAGGCUUUUUGAAGAGUUUCUUCAAGACUUGUCAAUGUUGUGCAUACUAUUUAACCCUUUACGUCUCAAGAGCAAAAGACCGAAAUAAUCUUCUCCCAAAGAUAAUUUAAUGACGGUGACAUCUUGGAAAGACAUUUAAAACGGCUGUUACGGCAGCAUCUACCCACUUCUCCCUGUCAUACCAUUCUUAAUUAUAAGUUCACUCGGUUGUAUGCCGCAAGUUAGUCUAAGCGUUUUGUGUGAAGCAGAGACAAUGAGAGACAUCUGCACACAGUUCCCUUAAAGAUGUUUAAUGCUUACUUAACAGUAUACUAAUCAUUUUCAUCAAGAAAUUUCAAGUAAAACGGACUUUCCUAACUCAAAACGAUUUUUACUUUUUGAUAGAGCUGUUGUACAUCUGGUACUCAGUCUCCCGUCACAAAACCUUCAGUGGCCCCUACGCCAACAAAAACCUCAGGAACGCGUGAGUACCAUCCAGGCUCUUAUAUUAAGCAGUGGUAGAUCAAGGGGAGGGGACCGGGGGUCCGCCCCCCCCCCUUAUUUUUAGACCAAACUGAGGCCGAAGGGCUGAAAAAAAGGGUCUGGAUAACCAGGCCCCCUUCCCCCCUCCCUCUCAAGUUCUGGAAUCGGCAGUGUUUAGGAUUAUGUUAAACAGUGGAGUAUUUUGAGCUUGGUCUACUUCACACCCUCGAUUUUCACAUCACCUGUUUCGGGUAUUGUAAGCCGAUGGAUUGAUUGAUCCUGGGUUAAACCUUUCUUGUAAUCCGUUCUAUGUAUAAAAAAAGUUUAUUGUAUGUGAACGUCAACCAACUUUUACCAUUAUAAUUUAAAUUAUUUAAGGUUACGGACAACUUUUUUUAAAAAAGAACACGGUCCCUCCUAGAGAAGGGCCUGCCUUGUAUAGAGACCAGAAAAUGUAGAAAGGAAGCCACUAACUCCAAGCUGUAACGGUAAAGAAACUUUGUAUCUGUCGAGGUUUCUAGAUAACUGCCCACCUACCGUUCCCCUAAGUCACAGUUUUGCCCUUAGUGAGAAUUAAGUGUUAAUGGUGACUUAGGGGAGUGGUAGGUAGUCAUGAAGUUACCCAGAAACUUUAUCUGCUCCGCAUGUUUUCUUUUUCAUAGCUAAACCAACGCCAAAAGCGACAACACCAGCGCCAGUGACUUGCCAGUCACCCAUAUGUUCAAGUCCUGAGACGUGUCAACAAACAUGUCCCAAACCUGUAUGUUGUCAACGAUUUAACGACAUGGUAGAUGGCUGUCUGCCAAUCUGUUUUAAGAAAUGCGCACAAGUGUGUCCAAGGCGUUGCUGUGGUCCUCAUCCGCCAUUGGUUAAGCGCAUUGGACAACGCAUUGGACAACGCAUUGGACAACGGCCAAAGUUGAAUGACAUUUCGUUAAGUGGGUGUCCGAAGAUUUGCGCUGAUAUCUGUGCUCUGGAGUGUCCUCACAGGUGUUGUGGCCCGGGUUCCCUGAAAAGGUCCUUCAUACCAAGAAGGACACCUCAGCUAGCUUACAUAAAAAAUAACUACGCCUAUGCAGCAAAGAGGUUUCAGGUGCCUUUAUCACGUUACAGUAAGCCACGUGGAUUUAGCUUGAAGAAAAAACGGCACGUAAUGCACCAAUAAGCACUUUUCAAUACUCUUGGGUGGUCUUUGCUAAUUUUCUGGGGUAUUCGUAAGUACUUCGACGACAAAAAAAACUUGAGAAGCAAUGAGAUUUGCUUAGACAAGUAUCACUUUUGGAUAACGCGGGUGGAUUUCAGUUAAAUACCACUUCUUGCUGCCGAUACCAACUGGUGAUCAACACAUUGCCAACCUAAACGUAUUACUUUUGUACUGUCCUAGUUGACAUCGCCGUCGACUUUGCUUAAGCUCGGUAAUGGCCUAUACGAGGAGGUUCCGCCCGAAAGGGGUAUCUAUUUUAGGUUUCAAACAUAUGAAAGGGCAGGGAUUAAUAUUUGAAGCAUAUGAAAGGGUAAAGAAAUCUGUCAUUUCGGUCUCUAAAAGUGACCAAAGGGGCUUACAGAUGCAUUUUUGGCCAGUGAUUAAGUACAUAAGACUGCUUUUGUGAUUUACCUAUAUGUUAAAGAAAGUGCAUUUUUACAGCAGUUUGAAGGGAUGCAAAGUUCUAAACUAGGUAAGCAAAAGCGGUACCGUUUGUUAAAAGAGGGUAUAUGAAAGGGGUAUCUUUUUUGUCAUAAAUAAUAAAUAAAAGCAUAAGGGGUUGCAGUUCGUGGCGGAUCCUCCCCUGAAAUUUUCUUAAACACGCCCCGGAAAAAAAGUAUAUUAUGCUAUGCAUAUUAUAGUAUAUACUAACACAAAUUCUGCAAAUUGCAGCG